UAAAAAUGGAAACAUUAGCAAUUUAAGGAAGCAUUUGAAAACUUUGAUAACGAAAAUAUGCCUAGGUGCAAAAGGAACUUAGUUUCAGUGUUCUUUGUAACUGGUGAUUCAUUUAGAACAAUUAGAGGAAUGCAGACCAUCCCCAGACCUAUGGUUUACAAUUGGAGCUUUCAAGUGUUCUGCAAAUUCCCAGUGCAUGGGGACCUUCCAUGUGAAGAGGACGGCGAGGUUCCGUCUUGUCGAUAUAUCUACAGUAUUGGAUGCUAUUCGCAGUAUCAAGUCCAAUUCUAG